UGAAUGGAGCUGCAGCGAGAAAAUGCAACAUAUACCAGUUUCAUUUAGUUUAAGACGUAAACGGAUACAGAUAACUUCGUGGUUAAUUAUAUAUUGGAAAACUAUACGUUCAUGCGACGUCUGAUCACAAAAAAGACCGAAGAUGCUUAAUUUCAUGGCUUCGCCUUUCCAGCAGUCAGUUGACAUAUACACAGGAAGAAGCAAUGGAGCGUGUCACUAGGACUCGGCACAACAGCGAGUGCUCCUGGAGCAGCACCACAGAGAAGGGGGACAUUGAGGCGGUCGAGGCCCUGAUGUCCAUGAGCUGCAGGUGGAAAGCAGGCCCGAAGAGGUACUCGGAGCUCAGGCCCCUCACACCCUCCUCUGACAUGUCAGAGGAGAUGGAGGACUCUCUGAUGCCUGGCCCUGGCGAUUUUCAUGCUUCGCCAUUUUGCAUGACACCACCCUACAGUCCUCCGAACUUCGAGGUAUCUCAGAAGUGUGCGCAGACAACACCAGUGUCACAGACAGUCCCAUUUAGAAUGCCUGAAUUAGGAAAGCCCAUGGCAGUCAAUGUGAAUUCUUCCCAAGGUGAAAGGCAUUCAGUGGAGACAUCAUCUGUGCCGGUUAAACAACAGAAGGCUCAGGCAACAAGUGUCAUUCGUCACACUGCAGACGCCUUUCCCUGCAGCCGCAGUUCCCUUCCAGUAAAGAUAGAGAGCACUCUUGUAGAACAGACAGAUGCGUGCUGGGGUCCAUCUCCAAAGAGCAGCAGCAAAGAGAAAAAGAGACUGCCUUGUGCAUCAGUGCUUCCAAUCAGAACAUUGCCAGCACCUGUCAGUCAAGAUCUGGUAUUACGGCAGUUUGUAUGUUCUUCUCCUCCAGUUAUUACACCAUCUGCAAUGGCUGGGCCCCUAUCUGCAGCUGUCAGCAUGCCACAGGGCUCUGUAAUAGUACCCUCAUCCUCAGUGAACCCUGUUGGAGUCUCACCAAUGCCUGUCAUUUGCCAGAUGCUCCCUGUCCCCUCUACAGCCAACCCCUCGGUCACAGCCAUCGUGGCUAAUACUCCAGCCAAACAGCAGGCAGCCAUGUGCCAGCCCUUGAUGUUUAUAGGAACCGCGGUCCCAAAGGGCUCCCUCAUGUUUGUUGUCCCUCAUUCGGUGAUCCCCAAGCAGCUAACAACGACCCCCAACGGCACCAAGCUGUCCCCAAUCGCUCCUGCCCCAGGGUUCAGCAUCCCGGUGCAGAAGAUGACCCCCCAGACUGACCAGUCAAGGAUCCGCAGUCACAUCUGCAGCCACCCUGGUUGUGAAAAGACCUACUUCAAGAGCUCUCACCUCAAGGCCCACAUGAGAACACACACAGGUGAAAAGCCCUUCAGCUGCAGCUGGGAGGGAUGCGACAGGAAGUUUGCCCGUUCAGAUGAACUGUCCCGGCACCGGCGGACUCACACAGGUGAGAAAAGGUUUGCCUGCCCAAUGUGCGACCGGUGCUUCAUGAGGAGUGACCACCUCACCAAGCACACACGUCGCCACUUAUCUGCCAAGAAACUACCCAGCUGGCAAAUGGAAGUGAGCCGACUACGUGACUUCAUUAUGUCCCCUGCAUCAGCACAGUGAAAGACUGAAUUAUGUGCCAUCGGCUUGGCUCUGCCACGAAACAUCAUUGGAGGAAAAAGAAAGACUACGUUUAAAGAGUUAUUGGCACUCUGAAUUGGCAAUGUCUUAUAUUUGCACUCAGUGUGAGAAGAGAAAUGCCCUGAAAAUUACUUUAUUCCUCUAAGAUCUAUAAGCAGUCAUAUAAAAUUGUACAGUUACAAUGUUUUGUAAUUUUUCUUUUCUUUUUGUUAUUUAUUUGUUAUUGAAUUAUUACAAAUCUUUGGUAGAAAUUAAAGUUUGCAAAGGGGAAGAGAACUAUAGCUGCAUACACUGAUUUUUGUAAAUUUUGACCAAAAUGUAUUUAAACUGCUUGACAUAAACGUAAUAGAAUGCACUUUCGUUUUUAAUUGUGAAUCUGCUGCUGCAGAAUUAGUGCCAUCAUCCUUAGCUCCUUACUCAGUUGUGAAAUAUUGCACAGCCCUGUUUCUUUGCUGCUGUGUUUGCCUUUCAGGAAUGUAGUGUGGCUUAAAGUCCAAUUGUAACAUGUGUAGAUUUUGAUUCUAAAAGGUAGCAAACUGUUUAAACCUUGGUGAAUACACAUAUGUAUCAGUAGCAAUAUUUCUCGUUGUACCUUUAACUGUAACCCAAACAGUGCUUGCAAUAAGUCCAGUGAUACACUUAUCAGGAUAAUGCGAUUGUAAAAUAAAUUGCACCCUUUUUGCAA